UCAUGUGAUCAAACGGUACCUGCUAGUUCUAAAUAUAGAAGAGAGAUAACCACAUCAUCAUCUUUGUGAAAGCUGCUCUACGGCAAAACAUCUAGCAUAUGCCUAGUGGAAGCAGUAACGUUACCACUGAAUGACAUGCUUCAGAUACCGCCAACUACGUACACAUCAGAUAGUCUCAACGUUAAGUCUGUAAAAGCAAGCUCUACUUUUUCCUCCAAAGAGAUAGAUCGGAAGAAAAUCCACAGAAAAUUCUGACAUCGAAACCAGGAUAAUGGCAGCUAGCAGAAGAGCAACGUUUCCCAAGAAGUUUAGGGAGCGCCAACUUGAAUGCUCCAUCUGCUGCAACCGUUUCACUGAGCCUAAAUUUCUUGACUGUUUGCAUACGUUUUGCUUGAAAUGUCUCCACCAUCUCGAACUGGGCAAAAAUCCUCAAAUUCUGAAAAUUAAAUGUCCCCUCUGCGGGCGCAACACCAUGCUAGAAAGCAGUACACUCGAAGAUCUACCUACUAAUGUGACACUGAGUGCCCUGGUGGAGGAGUUUGCAAUACUGGAACAGCUUCUACAAGGUCAAGGGUCAGAGAUCAAAUGUCAAAACUGUAAUAACGAAAACCCAGCGGAUUCAUUUUGCAUGGACUGUGCUCAUUUUCUUUGUCAAGACUGUCGGAAGGCCCAUGGGCGCCAGAAAAGAUCCAAAUCUCACAAAACCUACACAAUGGCUCAGCUCCAAUCAGGAGAGAUUGCCUACAAGAGCAAACUAAGAGAAGAGCCAAAAUGUCAACAACAUCCAGAUCAGAGCCGUAACAUUUACUGUGAAACGUGUGAGCAGUUGGCAUGUACAGCUUGCUCUGUUUUGAAACAUGAAAAGCAUUCGCGUGCUGAUGUAUCAGAGGCAUUAAAAACAUGCCAACAAGAAAUUACAGAGUUUUUGAAGAACACAGAAAAGAAGAAAACAGAACUGAAAAAUGCAACGACAAAAACAGCCGAGUCUCGCAAGAAAUUGGACACCAUGUUUGAAGCAACCAACAGGAAGAUCUCCCAAAAGGCUGACAAGGAGGUUGCUAGGAUCAGGGAGCGGGAGCAGAAACUGAAGAAAGAGGCCAAGGAGAUCUACCAAGACAGAGUCAAGACACUGCAGACUGCUGAAGAUGCCAUCAACAAUGAGCUGACAGCAGCAGAGCAGACACAGGACAUGAUGAAACAGCUCCUGGCUCAAGAAAUCAAGACAGAAAUUUUACAUCUCAAGCAAAAGUUCCUGCGCUCUCUCAGGGAAUUUGUAGAACAGCAACAAAUAGUGCCAGAGAAGGUGCACUUCAUGGCCUUUCAAGAGUGUGGCGAGACUGAGAAGACACUUGGGAGACUGAUUCUGAAAGACGAGUGGAAACUAAAGCAAACGAAAACAGAGGGUGUAAUUAAUUCUGUUGCAGUUUUCUCCGAUAAUGAAAUAGUUACAGUAGAUGGUGGAUACGAACAGUUGAUAACUUAUUUACCAAAAACAAACCCCCAAACCUCUUUCAUCUCCCAAAUGCCACACAUUACAGAUAUAAAAGAUCCAGUCAAAGUUGUAGUCAACAGACUAGACCAUCUCAUUGUCCUAGACGGUCCUGCAGUCAAGACCUUCAGCAGAGAAUAUCAACUCCUCCAUCAGUUCCAGCCAGGAACUGAUUCAGACAGCCAACCCACCUGCCUGGCAGUGGAUGAGGACAAUCUGAUAGCUGUGGGCUACAUGGCUAAGGAGAUGAUCAGCCUCCACAACCCAGAUGGAACCCUCAUCAGGAAACUAACGGCACCAAUGAUUGAAGAUCAACUGGUUCUAAGCAACAAGCGGAUCGUCUACACAAACUGUGAUAUGUGUAAGCUGGUAUCCGAAGAUUACAACGGUGGCAUGGCAUUCACAAAAGACAUAAAAAGCCCACUGAGUGUAUGCUGUGAUGGACAAGGCAACAUCUACGUUGCUAAAGGUCUCGAUUCCUGGCAAAGUGAAUCCAACAUUCACGUCUUUGGUAGUGAUGGUAGGCACAAUGGGUGUGUCAUUGCACACUCAAUGCCUCCCGAGGGCAUGAUGUUCAUGCCAGCAGGUGAUUUACUAUUGGGUGGAAAGGAUUUUUUGCACGUGUAUCAACGCGUGUGACUACGGGUGUUGCUGGUCCAAAGGUGACCAAGGAAUUUUAAUCAAAACUUUUUGAACAUUUUGUAGCUCAUUCGUAACAGGUUUCCAAAAUAUGGUAUCCGGUACCUAUAAAAUUUUCAAGUGAACAAGAAAUGUGCGACUGUCUCGCAAUUGGUGACAAGCGUACUGCCCACAAUUUGAAAGCACAAAAUGAUCAGAAAAUUGGAAUAUGGAAAAUCGAUUAUCAGUAAAAAAGAAGGAGGGAUCCUUGAAAGUUUUUACUCAGAAUGAUGAUUUGCAGUAACAAAUUUUAACUUGGUAUACAGGACAGCAUUUCCUAGUAAAUACUGAAACGUGUUUUGAACCGUGGCUGUGAUGGGUUUUUAUUAUGCUCAUGAAAGAAAAAGUAUUCAGCAAAUAACUACUGCCCCUCAAAGCCAAACUACGUGUCACAUUUCUUCAAAUCACACUGUUCAUACAGAGAAGUUUGACUCUGGGAGUCAAUUUGAUACAGAGAGUAAUUUUUACUCACUUUACAUCACAUUCAGACUGGUGCGUAUAUUUUCUGACAGAAUGACUGUCAAGCUGUCCGGUGGUCUGGACCAGAAAAGAAAAUUUAUUCGAAUAAACCAGACAAAAAGAGCAGCAAUUUUGGUUCAGCACCAAGUUUAAACGAAGAUGAUGUAGAGAAAUCUACCGGUAGGGUGAACAGUUGAAGACCGUGAUAAACACCCUUUUUUCCCAUGACUACGGCCAAAAUCCAAUUUAACUGCAUUACAGAAUUUAAACUGCCUUGACUUGAGGGUCAGGUCCAAUGAGGUAAUGAGGGCUGAGCAGUAAAAUGGAUAUUUGGGAUUCAAUGAUUGAAAAGAUUCAAAACAGUACAGGAUCUAAAUUAGUUUAGUUCAUAAAUUGUCAUUGACAUAGCACGUAGCUUUUUCUUUGCGACAUAAAACUAUUGCACUCAGAAUAUUAGCGACGACUUAUUAAAAAACUUGAAAUACAUUACAUGUCUAUAAAAAAUUACAUGUGUAAAAAUGUAUUGCAUCAUUGUUUUACAAAUAGUGGAGGAUACAGUGUACCUACAUGUAGAUGAGUUGAGAUUGGGAUAUCAAAGAAAUAAAUUCACAGUUGCUAGAACUGUCAGUUGUCAGAAAAUCACCCAAAUUGUAUGGCUAGUUUGGAAGAAAAACCUACCUGUACAUGUACCUGUUGGAAACCGUCGUUUGUCUUUCUCGUCAAGAUGAAUGAAACAAAGGUUACGAAUGUUGUGAAUUUUUUUGCAUAUGUUGUUUAUCAUGAGUUGUAGCAGUUUAGCAUUCUAAAAUUUACAGCAAAAAGCCAAAUUUAGUUUUGCUAAAAAUACACAGUGGGCUUGUUGAAAAUCUUCUAGGCUCAUGAAAAGAAUAAGUUAACUUGCCUGGAGGGCUGGUAAAAAAAUCAA